AUGGAGCUCUCCGCCUCUUCCAACACAAAUGAGAUCAGUCGAGCAGAAAUAGAAAAUGAAACUGGUACUUAUGAUCCAGUGGAAGCAUCCAUUAAUCGUAUUCUUCAACAAUCUAUUUCAUUCUGUUCUGAAGGCGUUACCAUUUACAAGGUUCCAGAACUUUUACGCAGCAUCAAGCCAGAAGUUUAUAUGCCCACUACCAUCUCUAUCGGCCCUUUGCACUCUGAUAGAAAAGAUCUUGGAGCUAAUUCAUUCAAAUCCAUAUUCCUUCGACUCUUCCUUGAUUUCACCCAGCUCUCCGUGAACACGAUUGUAGAAACAGUCCGAAAUUUGGAACAAAGAGCUCGCUCAUGUUAUGCAAAAUCCAUGGAGAUGAGCAGGGAUGAAUUUGUGGAGCUUCUGGUCUUGGAUGCGUAUUUCGUGGUCAUGCAUCUCAUCCAAUCGACGUGCUCACAUUUGGAUAGCCCAAAGAUGACGGAUUUCUUGCAAUUCAAUUAUGAAACAUCUCGUGAUUUGAUGCUGCUUGAAAACCAGCUUCCCUUCUUCCUUCUCCAAUCUUUAUACGACCUGGUCCUCCACUCAAAACCUUCACUGAAUGAUAAGAGUUUCAUUCAAAUUGUUAGUAAUUAUUUCUGCAACAACGAUGACCAAGAGUUGCUUUUUAUUGAUAUCAAUUUACCUUUGGCUGCCAAAGUGGAUCAUUUUCUUGAUUUAGUAAGAAUACGUAAGCCUUGUUUGAAUGGGGAUAUAACGUUCACUUCCUCAGGCAUAUUUUGGCCACCGAAUGCCACCGAGCUUCACAAAUGCGGCGUUAUUUUUAGGACGGGGAGUGUCAUAAAAUUUAGUGACCAAGCUUAUGAGCAAUGCUAUAUUGGGUAUGAGGAUAAGAACUCGAUGAGCAACUUUGCUGCGUUUAUGCAGUUCUUGGUCCAGACAGACCAAGACGUCAAAUUGCUAAUUAAGGGAGGGAUCAUAGACAACAACUUGGGUAGUGUCAAAGAGGUUACCCAAUUAUUCAACAACCUCGGUAAGCACGUUUACCCUGGAGUCAACUACUACAGUUUUUAUUGCAAAACAAUGAAAGAUUAUUGCAAGCACCGCUGCCAUCGUUGGAUGACGUCGUUGCGGCGCAACUAUUUCAGCACGCCAUGGCUAUGUGCUUCCUCCAUUGCAGCCAUCUUCCUCCUUGCCCUCACUUAUACAAACCAUCAUAGCUAUAGUCACUGGAUUCAAACAAACUUCUUAAUUGGAAUUCAACAACUUAUGUUUAAGUUGGGUCUAUUAAAUUUAUAUUCCAACUAUCAUGCUAUUUUCGGUGUAAUUGAGAACUCCAUCUAUUUGGAUUCAUAA